GCUCUCCGUACCGCACUCGGCCGCCUCGAGUCGCCUUGUCACGAGAGCAGCCGAACAGGGAAAUAUGUUCUGCAGCUGCACUAAACCGCACUGUACGACGACUGACUGCAGGCAGAAGCGUUCAAGCGAAGCCCGAUUUCCCGGGGAGCAUGGCGAACAUCACGAAGAGGGUGUCGUGGUCCAGCCUGUGUGAGGACCGAGCGCCGGGGGAGGGCACUGCGCUCCUUGACGACACCCCCGGCGCGCGCAGGUGCCGCAGACAGGAGUUUUCUGGGGGCAGUUUAUUUAGAAUUGGAAGACUGAGUACUAUUGACCUGGAUGAAGAGGUCACCAGCAAGGAGGAGACCUUAAAGCAACCUAAUGAAAUCCCUCACAACGAGAAGCUGCUUUCACUGAAAUAUGAGAGCCUUGACUAUGACAACAUUGAGAACCAGCUGUUUUUGGAAGAAGAGGGACAGAUGAGCCCCAUGGGUUUUAAAUGUGUGGAGAUCAGUCGCUGGGUGAUAUGCGGACUCAUUGGCUUCCUGACAGGACUUAUUGCCUGCUUCAUCGACAUUGUCGUGGAGAUCGUUGCAGCCUACAAGUACAAAAUUGUCAAACGUUACAUCGACCAAUUCGUGGUGGAGGGGGGACUCUGUGCCUCCGUAAUCUUGUGGGCGAUUCUCAAUUCAGCAUUUGUUAUGGCUGGUUCGCUGGUUGUGGCCAUAUUCGAGCCCAUAGCUGCUGGCAGUGGAAUCCCUCAGAUAAAAUGCUACCUGAAUGGAGUGAAAAUCCCACGUGUUGUGCGACUUAAGACUCUAGUGGUAAAAGUGUUUGGUGUGAUCUGCUCUGUGGUCGGGGGCCUGGCAGUUGGAAAGGAAGGUCCUAUGAUCCACUCUGGUGCUGUGGUGGCAGCUGGCGUGUCCCAAGGAAGGAGUACCUCCCUGAAGAAAGACCUCAAAAUAUUUGAGUACUUCCGCAGGGACACGGAGAAGAGGGACUUUGUGUCAGCGGGCGCAGCUGCUGGUGUGUCGGCUGCUUUUGGAGCUCCUGUUGGUGGUGUUCUCUUUAGCUUGGAGGAAGGAGCUUCCUUUUGGAAUCAGAUGCUGACAUGGAGGAUUUUCUUCGCCUCCAUGAUAUCAACCUUCACCCUGAAUUUUUUCCGGAGCAUUUAUAACGGCAACCCAGGAGAGCUCGCGAACCCUGGUCUUAUUAACUUUGGCCAGUUUGAAAGUGGAGCAUACAAACUGUAUGAAAUCCCAAUCUUCAUCUGUAUGGGAGCUGUAGGUGGUGUACUUGGAGCAGGGUUUAAUGCCCUGAACUACUGGUUAACAAUUUUCAGAAUCAGGUACAUCCACCGGUCCUACCUGCAGGUUAUAGAGGCUAUACUGGCAGCUGCUGCUACAGCCACGGUAUCAUACAUAUUGAUGUACUGCUCUGAUGACUGCCAAACCCCAGGAGAACACCAGGCAGUGGAAUACCCCCUUCAGUUGUUUUGUCCGGAUGGGCAGCACAACUCCAUUGCUACAGUCUUCUUCAACACCCCAGAGAGAAGCGUCAGGAACUUGUUCCACAACUUUCCAGGCUCCUAUAAUUCCCUGACCCUGUUUCUCUUCACAUUCACGUACUUCUUCCUGGCCUGCUGGACAUACGGGCUGACUGUGUCAGCUGGAGUGUUUAUCCCCUCCCUCCUGCUUGGAGCAGCUUGGGGGCGCCUCAUUGGCAACCUUCUGACCAACUCUGGUGUCUCUAUUUUUGCAGAUCCUGGCAAGUAUGCUUUAAUGGGAGCAGCAGCUCAACUUGGUGGAAUUGUCAGAAUGACUCUGAGUUUGACUGUUAUCAUGGUGGAGGCCACAGGCAAUGUUACAUAUGGUCUUCCCAUCAUGCUUGUCUUAAUGACAUCAAAAAUAGUGGGCGAUUACUUUGCUGAGGGGCUGUAUGACAUCCACAUAAAACUGCAAAGUGUUCCCUUCCUGGGCUGGGAAGCACCGGCCACCUCUCACUCCUUCACUGCAAGGGAGGUGAUGAGUUCCCCAGUGAUGUGCUUCAACAGAACAGAGAAAGUGGGGACCAUUGUAGACGUUCUCAGUAACACAUCUGCCAAGCACAAUGGCUUCCCCAUUGUCAGCGAUUUUACCACAAAUGAGCCAGGAAGGAUAUGUGGACUGAUCCUACGAUCUCAGCUUAUUGUUCUCCUGAAACACAAGGUAUUUGUCGAGAGAGCACAGCUCAAACAGCGCAAGCUUCUGCUGAAGGACUUCCGAGAUGCCUACCCUCGCUUCCCCCCGAUCCAGUCCAUCCAUGUAUCUCAAGAUGAGCGGGAAUGCACGAUGGAUCUUACUGAGUUCAUGAACCCAACACCAUACACAGUGCCUCAGGAGACCUCUCUCCCUCGAGUAUUUAAAUUAUUCCGAGCCCUUGGAUUAAGACAUCUUGUAGUGGUUGAUAAUGAGAACCGGGUGGUUGGACUUGUGACAAGGAAGGACCUGGCACGCUACCAUUUGGGCAAACACGGUCUGGAAGAGCUCCAGUUGGCACAGACCUGAUCCACAGAUGCUGUUCACAGCCUGUGCAAAAACAGCACAGCUACACAUCCCCCAGCUACAUACAACCCUACAGGGUCACUCCAAGAAACCAAAAGUGCCAAAAAAAUGCAAUCGAUAAAUAUGCAGACUGCCUCAGUUACUUUGUGUUGUUUAUGAAUAAUGUAAUUUUUAAAAUUUCUUUCUACUCUGUAACUUUUUG